GUCUGGGUGUAUCUUGAGAUAAGCACCAAAAUUUGGGGGGCCACAUCACAGGGUAUACACCCUCUCCUUUUAAUACCACACUCUUCGCACUCUACAUCUUCCUAUUGCACUCGGCCUUGAUUACCGUGCUAGGGAAGCGGCGUGAUUAGCGGCACCGAGACAGUUAAACGAACUCUACCCGACCUCCGCACCCCAACACCCCUCCAUAACAAUCUCCACGAACUAACCAGCAAUGCCCGACUUAACUAUUCCUGUGGCGUGCCCGAACCUCCUGCACGACUGGGCAAACUACCUAGACACAAAAUCCUGGGAUCGUAUGCCGGCUAUUUUCGCGCCCAAGAUCGACCUGGAUUACUCGUCCCUCGGCCAAGUAAAAGCCACCGCUGUGGAGCCUUCUGUAUAUAUCGACCGUUACUCAAGUCCAAGCCAGUUAGGCAAUCCCGAAAUCAAGUCGCACCAUUUUGUCGGGGCGUGCAAAUGGACGCGGGAGUCGGAAUCACACAUCAAGGUUGUUUUCCAAAUCAUGGCGGUUCAUCGCAGGGCUCCAUCUGACGGUGGUGCGGCUGUGUUCGCCACGGGCCACGGUGUUAACACUAUGGACUUUGCGAUGAUUGAUGGGGAGUGGAAGAUCGCGGCGAUUAAGGUUGGGGUCCUGUUUAUGGAGGGUGAUUUCGAUGGAAUUUUCAAAGCCUAAACUUGGAGUUAUUCUGUCUGUCUGUCUGUCU